AACAUUCUGAGAUGAUUGGGCUCACCAUUCUAGUCUCCUUCUGUCUUCAGUACACCUACAGCCAUACCGUGGUUCGUCAUUUCACAAGGGCGGAGGAAUUAGAUGAUAGAGUUGGGAACAACUGGAUUCGGGAAUUGGCCUACGACACAUUUGUUGACUGUGCGGGACUUUGUUUUCAGAAUAAAACCUGCCAUAGUUUCUCCUUCUACUCCGGGGCGUGUUAUAUUCGUAACACAUACGAUGUCCACACAGAUAUCUUAUAUCUGGGUUCACCUGGAAUGAAGACGUUCUUGAAGAAAGCCGAAUGUGUCUCUCCAUACAGCCAGAUAGGAGACAUAUGCAUAUGGGUGUCCAGUUCCGCUCUGGCUAAUGAGGCGUCAAGAUCGAAAUGUCAGAUGGACGGUGGCGACUUGGUGACUUUGCCAACGCUUGACAAAAUACAGCUGGUUGAAGACUUCAUGGAGGCAAAUGGUUUUAAAGUUAACACAAGACGCUCUGUUGGGGCCUAUCUGGACGUGGCCAGUUUGAAGUGGAACUGGCUCGAUGGAUCCGCACUCAAUAGCUCAAACUGGUGUGAUCCAAAUAAUCUAAUCCAAACUUCAGAAAUUUGUUUACAGAUGGGAAAUUCCUUCUGUUGGAUGGACCGUCCCUGCACCUACCCUCAUGAGUACAUUUGUGAAAUAAGGCUGUAGAACAUAAAGGCUCAUGCCUUAAAGUUUGGCGUAGUGCAUUAUUCUUGUCCCACCUUCAGAACUUUGUUUACUGUAGAUAAACGCUUGCUUGUGAACCUUUCAUGCAGUCACCCAUGACUGGGUAAUAUGUGGUAGUGUCUACGGACUGUCGUCUACGGUUACUCUUGCGUUGUUGUGCUAACCAAGUUAAUCUGGCUAAGUUGUGUAAGGAGAGUUGAUGGGAAAUGUGUUUGUUAUUUUCUUUCAUUUUUAUUUCUUGUGCUUGUUCUUGAAUUCAAAUUCUUCUGUAAUUACAACAUCAUCUACUCCUGGACAACGUCACCAAUGGUCACUAGUUUGAUCAAGAGUUCCGCUAACAAUGGCAUCGUUACUUACGACAAAUGGUAAGAAUACGAUUUCCAAAAUAGUCGCCAACUUUUCUGGAAGCAUAUGUGUCACCUCGUGAGUGGCAUCCACAAUAUUGUACAAACUUUGACACUGCGUUAUGCAAAGUCUGUAACUGAGUGACGUUUUAAGACUUGUACA